UCAUAGUUCACAUCUAAGGGACGGACAAGUAGUGGUCUGAGUCAGAGAGGAGCCAAGAUGGGAAAGGACUUCCAUCUGUACGAGAACAUCUCUAAGGUCAGCCCAUUUGAGGGGCCGCAGUAUCACCUGGCACCAAUAUGGGCUUUCUACCUACAGACUGCUUUCAUGGGCUUUGUGUUCUUUGCUGGAACACCUCUAAACUUUAUCAUUCUCGUGGUGACAGUGAAGUACAAGAAGCUGAGACAACCGCUGAACUACAUCCUGGUCAACGUCUCGUUAGCAGGUUUCAUCUUUGUGACGUUUUCUGUGAGUCAAGUGUUUGUUUCUAGCGCGAGAGGAUACUACUUCCUGGGUUACACCUUGUGUGCAAUGGAAGCUUGCAUGGGUUCAAUAGCAGGGUUGGUGUCAGCUUGGUCCCUGGCUGUCCUUGCAUUUGAGAGAUAUGUGGUCAUCUGCAAACCCUUCGGCACCUUCAAAUUUGACAACAACCAGGCUCUGGCGGCUGUUGGCUUCACCUGGGUCAUGGGGAUCGGAUGUGCCACCCCACCGUUCUUCGGCUGGAGCAGGUAUAUCCCUGAGGGUCUGGGCUGCUCCUGUGGACCUGACUGGUACACAAACAACGAGGAGUACCACUGUGCCAGCUACACCAAAUUCCUUAUUGUUACCUGUUUCCUCAUGCCCAUGUCCAUCAUCUUCUUCUCCUACUCCCAGCUGCUGGGAGCACUACGGGCUGUGGCAGCCGCGCAGGCUGAGUCAGCUUCCACCCAGAAGGCAGAGAAGGAAGUAUCCAGGAUGGUGAUUGUGAUGGUGUGCUCCUUCAUUCUGUGUUACGGCCCCUACGCCCUGGCAGGCUUGUACUUUGCCUACACAACUAGCGAGAACAAAGACUACCGCCUGGUGACCAUCCCUGCUUUCUUCUCUAAAAGCUCCUGUGUAUACAAUCCUCUUAUUUACGCCUUCAUGAACAAACAGUUUAACGCCUGCAUCAUGGAGACUGUGUUCGGAAAGCAGAUUGAAGAGACUUCAGUUUCAGCCUCCAAGACUGAGGUCUCCACAGCAUAAACUGUGACGCUGGUCUCAGUCCAUCAGGAGCCCAUCCCCAACAGCCAACACCUGACCACCCCUUACCUCCACUGCUUCAUACCAGGAAGGUCCUAAUGUCAAGAGAACUUUUUCAAACUCCAUAGUAUUAUUGUUAUCAUAAUCAGUGUGUGAUUUGUAUAGGGUUUGUGGUGGUAUUGUUGGCCAUUUUAUUUCUUAUUCAUAUGGGAACACCCCUUAGCACACCAUGAGAGCCAAAAAGGGGUUUAUUUUCUCCUGCUCUUUCUUCCUCUCUUCCUCCUAUCCACCUCUCUCUCGCUCUCUCUCGCCUCUCCCCCACAAAUCGCACCCUGUUUAAGACCGUAAUGAAUCAUGUACAUUUCAUUCUGAAUAUUGACCGAACCCGUCUGAUGAUGGCAUAUAUUAGCUUACCAAAGCUGCAGUCUAAAAAUAGCAAUGCAUGAAAAAGAAAUGAAGAAAAAAAUGAGUUUAGCACUUUUAUUUUUGUAUCUCCUUGGGGGGUCUUGGGGUGGAUUCAAUAAACCAUCUAAGGUUCCCCAACACUUGAUUGAAAAAUGUGAGUUCAGGGCGAAUAGGGUUUAUUGAAUCUACUCCUUGAUGAAAUACUCAAAAUGUUGAUUUAUUGUAACAUAUCUAAGGUAAAUAAAGAUUUAUAUUGUAUUACGAUGCACUUUUAUAACAGUGGUGGACAGUGUUUUAUUUCAACCACGAUCACCAUUUAUUGGAUGUCUUAACAAAAAUCAUUAACACAAACACAACCAGACAAAC